UGUGAGCUGUUUGCCUGGAACCACAGAAGGAGAAAAGAGAAGAGAAAUUAGUGGAGUAUUUCAGAGAAACAGGAAGAGAGAGUUCGCAGGGAGAGAGCUCUCCAGCUCCACAGACCUCCAGACCUCCAGCUCCACAGACCUCCAGACCUCCAGCUCUCCAGCUCUCCAGAUCUCCAGAUCUCCAGCUCCACAGACCUCCAGCCCCACAGACCUCCAGCCCCACAGACCUCCAGCCCCACAGAUCUCCAGCUCCACAGAUCUCCAGCUCUCCAACCUUGCAGACCUCCAAACAAAGACAGGCUAGUGUACCUGGAAGGAGAACCAGUGUAAUCAGCCAGGCUAAUCAGGCUAGCCUUCCAGGACAACCAGCCAGGCUAACCAGCGAGGCUAGCCACCCAAGGUAACCAGACAGGCUAAUCUAUCAGGCGAACUAUGCUAGCCUGCCAGGCCAACCAGUGAGGCUAACAGCCAGGCUAACACCCAAGCUAACAGCCAAGCUAAGGGUAGCCAUCCAGCCCAACCAUCCUGGCAAAACAUCCAGCCACCCAGGACUCUUGUCUCGGCUUCCCCAGGACCCAGCACUGCCGCUCAGGCUCCAGUAUGCCCUUCUCCCCCCAGACUUCCAGGGGCCCAGCAUGAUCUCCCACUACCCCCUGGCCACCCUGCUACCCUGGCCCCCGGCCCCCCAGCCUCGCUGCCCCGAGCUGGGCUCCUCGCUGCUGGCCGGGGACGGGGGGGUGGCCCUCCAGAGAUACCAGGCCCGCUCUCCGGAGAGCGGCCCACGACACUGGAGCUGUGUGCAGGACUGGGGGGAGGAGCUAGAGGAGGAGGCUGUGUACCAUGUGACCCUCAAGAGAGUCCAGAUCCAGCAGGCAGCCAAUAAGGGCGCCCGCUGGUUAGGGGUGGAGGGAGACCGCCUCCCCCCAGGGCACACCGUGAGCCAGUUGGAGACGUGUAAGAUCCGCAGCAUCAAGGCGGGGUCGCUGGAGAAGCUGGUGGAGAACCUGCUCACAGCCUUCGGGGACAACGACCUGACCUACACCAGCAUCUUCCUGUCCACCUACCGUGCCUUCACCUCCACCUCCACCGUGUUACACCUGCUGCUGGACAGGUAUGGCAGUGUGGAGGAGGUAGACGGACAGACAGAGAUAUCCAAACCCGCUGAAACUAAAGCAGUCAGACAUGCUCUGGCCUCCAUCCUGCGGGCCUGGUUGGACCAGUGUCCUGAGGACUUCCAGGAGCCUCCAGACUACCCCUGCCUGCGCCGGGUGGUGGCCCACCUCCAGAGGGCUCUGCCUGGGUCGGAGGCCCUGCGGCGCGCCCUGGGCCUGCUGGAGCAGCUCCAGCAGCAGGCCUGUCUGGGCCCGGACGAGGGUGGUUUCCACGGUAACGGCCCGUUCUGCCUGGGCGAGGAGGAGGAAGUGGAGAUCGAGGUCCAGGACGACUUCCUGUCCUUCGAUGCAGCGCUGGUGGCUGAGCAGCUGACCUACAUGGACGCACUCCUGUUUAAGAAGGUAGUUCCUCAUCACUGUCUGGGCUCUGUGUGGUCUCAGAGGGAUAAGAAGCAGAACCAGCACGUGGCUGCCAGCGUGCGCGCCACCAUCACACAGUUUAACGGCGUAGCGGCCUGUGUGGUGAACACUGUGCUCUCCCAACGCCUCCUGCGGCCUCACCUCCGCGCUCGCAUCAUCCAGCGCUGGGUGGACAUCGCUCAGGAGUGUCGUAUCUUUAAGAACUUCUCGUCUCUGCAUGCCAUCGUCUCAGCGCUGCAGUCCAACCCCCUGUACCGCCUCAAGAGGGCUUGGGCCUGUGUGCACAAAGACAGCAUGCAGACAUUUGAGGAACUGUCAGGCAUCUUCUCAGACCACAACAACUAUCUGACCAGUCGAGAGCUGCUUAUGAGGGAGGGCACCUCUAAGUUCGCCAGUCUGGACAGUGGAGCCAAGGAGCACCACAAGCGCACACACAAGAGACUGCAGCUGCAGAAGGACAUGGGGGCCAUGCAGGGCACCAUCCCCUACCUGGGGACCUUCUUGACGGACCUCACCAUGCUGGACACCGCCCUGCCUGACCUGGUGGAGGGAGGCCUCAUCAACUUUGAGAAGAGACGCAGAGAGUUUGAGGUGAUUGCCCAGAUCAAGCUACUGCAGUCAGCCUGCAACAGCUACUGCCUGGCCCCGGACCCUGCCUUCUUACACUGGUUCAGAAACCAGCCCCAGUACAGCGAGGAGGAGAGCUAUGCCCUGUCGUGUGACAUCGAGGGACUGGGAGACAGCAGUCCUUCCUCCCCAAAACAUCCCAAGAGCAGCAGCAUGGUGAAGAGACUGAGCCUCUUGUUCCUGGGAGCAGACUCUUGCAGCCCGCUCAGGGAGGCCCGCUCGCCCCCUGCUGGCAGCUCAGGGGAGAGCAUGGACUCAGUCAGCCUGUCUUCCAGUGACUCCAGCCCCUCGGACGGAGACACACACACCACAGACGCCCACACACACACACACAACCCGGAUGCUCCGCGCAGCAAGCUUUCAGAGUCCUUCUCCUGCACCUCCCUCCACUCCAUGGACACCAACUCCUCCUCGUCUGCCGCCCCUGCCUCCCCCUCCCUCACCCCUCUCUCCCCUGCUUCCCCCUCCCUCUCCCCUCUCUCCCCCUCCCUCCCCGCCUCCCCCUCCCUCCCCCCCUGCAGCCACCGGCGCUCCAUGUCCCUCACCCCUCUCUCCCCUGCCUCCCCCUCCCUCCCCCCGGCCUACAACACCCAGGCCCAGGACGCCUGCGUCAUCAGAGUAAGCCUGCCGCACGGCAACGGAAACCUCUACAAGAGCAUCCUGUUGACCAGUCAGGAUAAGACUCCAGCUGUGGUUGCCAGGGCGAUAGCCAAACACAACCUGGAGGUGGAGGCAGAGGAGGGAUACGAGCUGGUCCAGGUCAUAUCAGAGGAGAGAGAGCUGGUGAUCCCAGACAACGCUAACGUCUUCUACGCCAUGAACACAUCUGUUAACUUUGACUUCCUGUUGCGUGGGCGCGGCUCGUCGUCGCGUCCAGUUCAGAUGAGAUGUCGCUCCACCCUCCCCCGCGCCCAGCCGCGCUCCAGCCUAUCACAGCGCCUCAGCAAGGUCACUCUGUGACCCCCUGUCUCCCCACUGCCCUUCGUCUGUCUUUCCCCCACCUCUCUCCCGCUGGACCCACCACUGUGACGCCCCAGACAGAGCUGGGCUAUAGUGACUGCAGGGCGCCCCCUGCUGGCCCCUCCACAAGCAGCAGAACAUCCCGACUUAACAAUAUUCUACCAAACUUCCUGUGGUCAACGUUAACUACUCCCCUCUUAUCCAGCUGUAUAUGUGUCCAAUCAGAGAGAGAGGUGGCCGGGGACUGCAUCUGACUGGCCAAUCCCGUAGCCUUCAUUAACUGAUUACGAAUGGACUCCCUCGUCAGUAUUCUGAUUGGUUAAUAGUAGGCAGGCGCUGUGAUGUCAUGGCAUGUUUCUCCUGCAUGCCCCUCCCACUGCGAGCUGCGUGACGAAGCUUUCUGAUUGGCUCAGGACUAAAUAGGCCCCUCCUAAUGGGGCACCUCCCCUUAUAUACAUGUUUUAUGUUCUUUUGUAAGGAUGUCAGACGAUUAGUAGCUGUUUUUAAAUGAGAAUAUGAAUGGAGAUGAUGUAGGACAAUAAAACAACUUCCCUCGUU